AUGGCGGUUCAUAGUCCUAAUAAUAGGAUAGUCGCCCAUGAAAAAGCGCAGGAAAACAACGGCGACGGCCAAAUAUACAGCCAUGGCCAUGAUCCUAUGCCUUUCGAACCAGUCGCCAUUAUUGGUAUGGCGAUGCGCCUCCCCGGGCGUGUAAGGAAUGAAAAUGACUUCUGGAAUCUUCUUUCCGGCAAGCAAAGCGGGCUUUGUGAAGUCCCUAAAGACCGGUUCAAUAUUCACGGGUUUUACGAUUCAUUUGGUCACGUUGGAACCAUUCCAAUCAACCGGGGAUACUUCCUGGAAGACGUGGAUAUCCAGCAGUUCGACACGACAGUUUUCCCAAUACCCAAGGCGGAGCUGGAGCGUCUGGAUCCUUCCCAACGGCAACUCCUCCAAGUAGCAUAUGAAUGUUUCGAAAGCGCUGGCAUAUCUUCGUGGCGUGGUAGCAGUGUUGGAUGCUAUGUGGGCGAGUUUGGAGAGGACUGGGCUGAUGUGAAUGCCAAAGAGCCGCAGCACAAGGGUGGUUACCGCGGUACCGGGUUCGGGGAUUUUGCCAUGAGCAACAGAGUCUCGUAUGAGUUUGACCUACGCGGCCCCAGCAUGACGGUUAAGACGGCUUGUUCGUCAUCGCUGGUUUGCCUUGAUCUCGCAUGCCUCGCAAUCCGGAAUGGCGAGUGCGAUAGUGCGCUCCCCUCAAUGACAAGCGCCCUCACCAGCAGAAGUGAUAGGGAUGCAGACGAGGAAGAGAUCCCUCUAAUCACACAGAUUGAUUGGAUGCCUCACAGCGACUUCGCAGAUCUGGGGAGCCGUUUCCGUCGGCCGGCACCGCGCGUAAUGGAAUGGCCACUGCUGGAGGAACUCACUCUCCUCUGCAUGCUCGACCACGAUGAGGGCAUCGAGACCAACGGCAACACUGCGGAGCACCUCAUCAAAUUCUCAGUUUGGAUGCAGCAGCAGAUUGAGAACUAUAAGCAGGGGACCAACAAGUUCGUAGACAAAAACAAGCGCCUAGAGAAGAAGAGUGCAGAACAAAGACUUGAGCGUAUCAAGGAAAUCCUGGCUAUGCUCUCUUCAUCGCCAUAUGCUAUCUUCACAAAGGCAAUUGGUAAGCUCUUCUCAGUAGCACCAGCCAUUUUCAGCGGCGAGACACACCCUUUGCACAUUCUUCUAGAGGACAACGUGCUCGCUGAAUUCUACGACGCACUCUCAAUGGACUCGGCCGACCUUCUCGAGCUCUUGGCCAACACCAACCCACACAUGCGUAUCCUCGAGGUCGGCGCCGGCACAGGAGGAACAACAGCGCGAGUUCUGCGAGCACUUACGUCGUCGUAUGGAGAAUGCCUCUAUAGCGUCUACACGUACACCGAUGUAUCAGCCGGGUUUAUACCUGCUGCUAAGCAAAGGUUUGCUAACCAUGAGAAAAUUGAGUAUGCCGUUUUGAACGUUGCAGCAGACCCAGCUGAGCAAGGCUUCCAGCCGGGCAGCUACGACUUGAUUAUCGCCGCGAACGGAUUCCUCCAGGGCUGGUGGCUCGGGGCCCAUGACAACCGCGUGAAUCAGCCGUACAUUUCGCCAGAAAGGUGGACCAAGGAGUUGCUUCAUGCCGGUUUUUCGAAGCCUGAAGUUAUCGUCCUUGAUGAUUCAGCGCCAUAUCAUGUCAACACUGGCAUCAUAGUAACCCGUGAGAGCCGAAACACGAGUCUAUUGCCAGUCAGCUUACUGUGCCACUCCCCUAAUAGUCCCUGCGUUUCCGAGGUGCAUCAAUGCCUAGAGUCUCUCGAUGUAGCUGUCAAUAUCUGUCAUUUCGGACAAGAGUUACCCUCUCACAACGAUAUCAUUUCACUAUUAGACCUCGAGGCGCCUGUACUCCACGAAAUGACGGAGCAGACUUUCGACACUAUCAAGGAGUAUUUGUCCUCGCACAAGGCCAAGAUUCUCUGGGUGACACCCGCUUCGCAGGUCGGCGACGUAAAAGAUCCACGGGCAGCUAUGGUACUUGGUUUCGCCAGGACUGUCCGGAACGAGAGAUCCCUCCCAUUCUUUACAAUUGAAGUUGACGAGACAACGACGUCGGCCGUGGCCACAGCUAGCGCCAUAUGCAGGAUCUUACAGCACGCCGGGUCAGAGCAGCUAAACAAUCGUGAAUUUAUUGACCCCGACUACGAGUAUGCCAUCAUCAAGGGGGAGGUUCUUGUCCCACGACUACACCGGCAAACGAUUUCUAAGGCAUUUCAAUCAACUCAGCUGGGAGAUGACUGCGAAACUGACGAUUUGAUGACUGACAGACACAUCACCAUGAAGAUGCCAGGCCUGCUGCAUACCAUAACUUGGAGCAAAGGCGAAAGCAGCCGCUCCCCCGCCGAGGGUGAUAUUGUCGUUGAGACUAGGGCUGUCGGACUAAACUUCCGGGACGUUCUUAUCGCCUUGGGUAUCAUUGAAAACGGCCCCAGCGAGAUGGGAUUCGAGGGAAGCGGCGUUGUCCGAGCGGUAGGGCCUGGGGACUCUCGCUUCUCCGUCGGCGAUCAUGUUAUGUAUCUCGGAAGCGGGUGCUUCAAGACAAUCCACACAGUGAAUGCGGCGUUGUGCGUGAAAAUGGACGACUCGAUGACUUUCGAGCAAGGCGCAGCAUUGCCGUGCGUCUACACCACAGCUCUCAUGGCGCUGGUGGACAAGGCCGAUUUGAAAUGUGGCCAGUCUGUCCUCAUUCAUGCAGCCUGUGGGGGGGUCGGCCUCGCGGCGAUACAAAUUGCGAAGAUGCUUGGUGCUCAGAUAUACUGCACCGUGGGGAGCGAUGUGAAGCGCAACCAUCUCGCAGAAAACUAUGGGAUUCCACCCUCGCACAUAUUCAACUCGCGGGACUCAUCCUUCCUCCCUGAUGUCUUGCGUGCCACAGAUGGCAGGGGAGUAGACGUCGUACUCAAUUCGCUGUCUGGGGACCUGCUUCAAGCGUCGUGGCAGUGCGUUGCUGAGUUCGGUAUUAUGGUGGAAAUCGGCAAGCGAGACUUUCAACGGCGAGCUACGCUGGCCAUGGCACCCUUCGAGGCCAACCGCACCUUUACCGGUCUUGAGCUACGCCUGGUCUUGCAGGCAUAUCCACACAAGGCCGCCGCUCUCUUGGAGCGCUGUGUCGAAUGGAUACGUGAGGGACGUAUCCGAGGUCCGACCGUCUCCAACAUUUUCGAGGCAGUCCAGAUCCAGGACGCCUUGCGGACAAUGCAGACGGCUAGGCACAUUGGCAAGAUGGUCAUCAAGAUGCCCCGUGAUGCUCGGGAUCUGGAUCGGCCGACGAUGCACACACCAUCAUUCCAGUUUCGGUCGGACCGCACCUACCUGUUGGUAGGAGGUCUUGGUGGACUUGGGCGAGCGAUGGCCACCUGGAUGGUAGAGAAUGGCGCGCGAUCCCUCGUAUUCCUCUCUAGAUCUUCUCAAAAGGGGCCCCAAACUGAUGGCUUCGUCAAAGAGUUGCACUCGCAGGGCUGUCAAGUGUUGCUGGUUGAAGGGAGUGUCAGCAACAGGGCCGACGUCCAAAGAGCUGUGGAUAAUGAGGCCACUGCUUCUAGAGCCCUCGCAGGCGUAAUCAACCUGGCCAUGGUCCUGAGGGACGUGGCGUUUGCCGACAUGUCCUUUGAAGACUGGAACACAGCAGUCAAGCCCAAGGUCCGGGGCACGUGGCACUUGCAUGAAGCCAUCUCAGAUAACAAGGAGUUGGAAUUCUUCGUCCUCUUGUCUUCUUGCAGUGGCAUUGUCGGUCAAUGGGGUCAGGCCAACUACGCAGCAGCCAACACCUUUCUGGAUGCCUUUGUGCAUUUCCGCCAUGGCCAAGGGCUCGUUGCCUCCGUCAUCGAUCUCGGCGUCAUGGGCGAUGUGGGCUUUGUAUCGCAGAACCACGACCUUCUCGAAAACCUCGGCCGGAUGGGCAUGCGCAUCCUACGGGAGCAGAACCUGCUCGACGCACUCGUUUUGGCUCUGAGGGCAUCUCGGCCGACUCAAGUGGCAACCGGGCAGUUGGGCUCGCAGCCUGGCAAUACAUGUAUGACAUACCGGAGCCCCGGCCAAGUGCUCUUGGGGCUGAACACCACCGUCCCCAUCUCAUCGCCACUCAGCCGCGUGCCUUGGCGGCGCGACGCGCGUAUGAGCAUUCACCACAACCUGGAGGUCUUAUCCAACAAUGGUGGGAAACAGACAUCUCCUCUACGCGACUCUCUGCGAGCCAAUCUGGCGCCUUUGACGAAUAAUACGGACCGAACCGCCACUAUAGCUUGUGCGCUGACUGCUGCCUUGGCCAAUUUUCUUAUCAAGGAUGAGAACGAUAUCCCGCUGGACCGACCGCUGGAGCAUCUUGGCAUUGACUCACUAGUCGCCAUGGAAGUGCGUAACUGGAUUCGCCAGCAGAUCGGCGUGGAAUUGAGCACCAUUUCCAUUGUACAGAGCCCAUCACUAUUCCACCUAGCCGAGGAUAUCAGAUUGCGUAUGGGGAAAACCUCAUGA